UCUAAAUAAAUCAAAUUCAAAGUUUCUUUACUUUGUUUUUAGCAAUUAAUUAGAAUUAAAUAGGUACAGGUAUUUAUCCAUUGAACCAUGACUACAUUUGGAGAAAUAGUAGAACCAACAAGUCGCACAGCUUGGGAAGAUUGGGAUGAUAUUGAAAAUAGAAUAGAUAGCCACAUCUCGAAGUUAGCUUGGGAAAAAGAUGUUCCAGUGCCUGGGCAAAUUGAAAACUUGUUCAUACUUGAAGGAAACUAUCUCUCUGAAUGUGUCAAAUCGCAAACACAUCUUAAAUUGCAACUAAUUGAUUCCAUCCCAGAAGUAAACCUGAAUAUCUUCAAUGCUGUGGGCACCUUCAACUAUUUUGUCACUGUGAAAUAUUACAACUUGGUUUUGAGCAGUGAAAUUGUAGAAUGCUUGAAAGGUUAUCUCAAAGUUGCCCGCAAUGUUGUAGCAUUACAAACAAAACCUCUACCAGAGUUUCAGACAUCAGUGCUAACUAACCAAGAUUGUAUCAUAAGGACUUUAUCAACCACAUUGCCAGUCUCUAUUGAUAUAAAGUAUCCUAAAUUGGAACAGCCUAAUAUUAUUUCUGGAAUUUCAGCUGGAGUGCUCAGCCUGCGAGAACAUCUAGAUAUGAGCUGUGUAGCAAUCAUUUGCUUUGUCGAACAGCUAGAAGAGGUUCAUGAAGUGAAAACACUGUUGGAGAAAUUUAACAUUGUGAGGAAUGUCAAUACCAAACCUGCUAAUGUGCUAGAUUCUAAUUUGUACAUAUGAAUAAAACCUCUUUUUAAGUUA